GUCAACACUGUGGGUGCAUCUUGUAUGAGAAAGGAUGUUUUGCUUGCAAAGCAUCAUGAUGUGUUGCUAGAAAAGAUUGAGAAUGGUGAGAUUAUGACCGGAAGAGGUUUAAACCAGGAAAGUGGUCUAGCUAUACCUGGAGACACCAGAUGGGGUUCACAUCUUAAAACUUUGCUUCGCAUUUUGGUGAUGUGGGAGGCUAUCAUAGAUGUCCUUGAGAUAGUCAAGAAAGAUUCUGUUAAACCAGCAUGUACUGGAGGAGCUUUAGGUUUAAUUGGAAAAAUGGAGAGCUUUGAUUUUGUGUUCAUCAUGCAUUUGAUGAUAGAAUUGUUGGGCAUGACAGAUAUUUUGUCACGCGCUUUGCAAAGGAAAGACCAAGACAUAGUUGAAGCUAUGCAUUUGAUAACGGAUGUGAAAGAUAGCUUGCAGGAUAUAAGAGAAAAUGGAUGGGAGCCAUUACUCAAAAAAGUGAAAACUUUCUGUGAGAAGAAUGAGAUUGAAGUGCCGGAUAUGGAUGAGGAAAUAAAUAUCAGAGGGACAUCUAGACGUAGGAAGCAAAAGAACUCAAGAGUUCCUUGGAUGUUCUGAACUUGGAAAAGUUGCUGAAAUUAUGGUCAAGACUACGAUGAACACAUCUUAUCAAUUGGUUUAUCGUCUCAUUGAGCUAACCUUGAUACUACCAGUGGCAACUGCUUCAGUAGAGAGGAUAUUUUCAGCCAUGUCCCUUAUAAAGA